CUGAAGCCCUUACUACUAUAUAAUAUCCAUCAAAUACAUAAUCAUUCUUGUAUAUUCACAUAGCAAAUUAAUUUCUUUUACAUGAUGAAUUGCUCAUUGUCUUUUUUAUCAUAUUGUAUACUACUUUUAGUGCUUGCAUUUUGUGAUCUUUCGCUUGAAGUUGAAAGUCGAGCCUUCUUCGUGUUUGGUGAUUCACUAGUAGAUAACGGUAACAAUAAUUACUUACUUACUAGUGCCAGGGCAGAUUCUCCCCCCUAUGGCAUUGACUACCCUACUCAUCGCGCCACUGGUCGAUUUUCCAAUGGACUCAACAUACCCGAUAUCAUAAGUGAGCAAUUGGGUAUGGAGCCAACAUUACCAUAUUUGGCUCCACAACUCACAGGAGAUAGGCUUCUUGUUGGAGCAAACUUUGCUUCUGCUGGAGUUGGAAUCCUUAAUGACACUGGCAUCCAAUUUUUUAAUAUAAUCAGAAUUGCGAAACAAUUGGAGUACUUUGAACAAUAUCAAAGGAGAGUAAGUGGUUUAAUUGGAGCAGAACAAACAGAGCAGUUAGUGAACAGUGCACUUAUCCUCAUCACUCUUGGUGGAAAUGACUUUGUUAAUAACUACUAUUUGGUCCCUUUCUCUGCAAGAUCUCGACAAUUUUCUCUACCUGAUUAUGUUGUUUAUCUUAUCUCUGAGUACAGAAAAAUAUUACAGAAGUUGUAUGAUUUGGGAGGAAGAAGAGUAUUAGUGACAGGUACUGGACCAAUAGGUUGUGUGCCAGCAGAAUUAGCACAGAGGAGUACAAGUGGGGAAUGUUCAGUGGAAUUGCAGCGUGCAGCUGCUUUAUUCAACCCUCAAUUGACUCAAAUGUUGGCUGAUCUCAAUUCACAAAUUGGUGCUAAUGUAUUUAUUGCUGCUAACACAUUUACUAUGAACAUGGAUUUCGUAUCUAAUCCUCAAGCUUAUGGAUUUGUGACAUCAAAGAUAGCAUGUUGUGGACAAGGACCCUACAAUGGAAUAGGGCUAUGUACAAUAUUAUCAAACUUGUGUCCAAAUAGGGACAUAUAUGCAUUUUGGGAUCCAUUUCAUCCAUCUGAAAGGGCAAAUAGGAUCAUUGUUCAGCAGAUAUUGACUGGUUCUUCUGAGUACAUGAACCCAAUGAACCUCAGCACCAUUAUGGCUUUGGACUCUAGGACCUAAUUAAUUAAUUAAUUCUCCUCUAUGUUUCAACAAUUUAUCAUUUAUUUGUGUCUUGUUUCAUUUUGAGUGUGGUAUCUUAAACUAUAUAUUAUUAUUAUUAUUGGGUCGUCACCUUUUUUGUUAUAUUUUGUAAUAUCAUAAAACUAGAGGAGUGGUGUUGGUAUGUAGUAUAUAUGUAUGUGCGGAAUGGUUCUUGAUUUACCUUCAUAAGGUCAUUGUAAUGUUAAUGGAGUUCAGUUU